GCUGUAUAUAUAGGAGUAGAACUAGAAGUUAGUAGAAAUAGUUUACGGGAUUAAGCAUUCAAGAUGAAAACACCAGUGACAGUUUUGUUUGUUCUCAGUUGCUGCCUUGCACAGAUCAUUAUGUAAGUAAUUUGGUACUGGGUAGUAUUAAAUACAGUGGAUAGCCUUGCUUAAUUGGGAUACGCGUUAAGUUUGGUAUAAGAGUUAUGUAGUAGUAUGGGACGGGAAAAACCUCGCUCUACAGUCAACUAUAUAUUUCGCGCGUUUCCCAAUUAACAAUCCUUGAGCAUGCUGGUAAUUUAGAGUCAUAGUUAUUUUGUAGGGUUAUGUUCACGUUUAUUCAGUUCGGUGUCACAUACAAUCUAGAAGUGUAAAUGUACUGAUUAAGCAAUUUAAUUGUGGCAAUUAGCGUCUUAUCAAACAUCCUGAGCAUUCUCAGAUUGUUACUGUAAGUAACUAUUUCAAUAUGGGUAACUGAAAACCUGUUAAGCACUUCGCUUCGUCUGUCCUGCAGCUGAAUGUAUCUGGAUCGAGGUUUUCCUUCAUGCACUUAUUAAUGACAGAUGAAUUAUGCAAUUGCCGCAUUGUGGAUCAUUUACCAACAUUUGUGUCACCACUUGUGUCGUCACUUCGCUAUUACUACAAGCCUAGCCAAAGCCCAAGGGGUGAAAGUCGAAAAUUGAUGUCACUGCAGAAUCACACGUCUUAAAGUUUACAUGUUUCGAUUCUUAAAUCUUAAACUACCAGUAAAACAUCCGGCAAGUUUUGUUUUUUGUGCUUGCUCGUAGCACGUAGAAGCAGUUGAUGACUGAACUGUUGAGCAACGUCUUCUUUGUUUGCAAAAUUCCUGAAUGUGUAGUUGGUAAAGUAAACAUUGCGCCCCUUUUCCACAAAAUCAAACACAUUAUAUAUUAAUUAACGUGUAUAACUAACAAGGUAAUUAUCAAGUUAUGUAAAUGCUGUCAAAUAUCGGCAAAUAUUUACCAUGUGGUGCGUGCUGUACAUCAUGUGAAGACGGAGUGGCGUACUCCACUGAUCUGAAAUUAAGACUGGAUAGAUAGCCUUUUGAAUUCAUUGAGCCAAUUUUCUUCAGGGUUCCUUCUUAAGUAGAACUGGUGUAGCUUUAAACAAAGUUGUUAUAGUUUAUAUAUUACUGAAUGGUUACUUUACCAGCAUAUUUUGUUAAAUUCAUUUAGAUACCAAGUGUCUGCAGCUCAUGUUCCUGUUCACCAAUCAGAAUAUCCUCUAAAAACCAUACACAAUGACUAUGAUUAUUAUGAUGACUAUGAUUAUUAUGAUGACAAUAAUGAUGACGACGAUGAUGAUGAUGACGAUGAUGAUGACGAUCGUAUAUACAGUAAUGCGUGUUUUCUAAUACUUAAGGAUGAUUUACACUACAUAACUUUUCAGUGUCGCAUGCAACCUUUAAGCUCCUUCUUCCCUGUAUGAUCUACAACGCAAUAAAUAUAGAGAACUUAUCAAAUUGGUGAGGGAAAAGGGCCGUGAAGUGGUCUCAACCAGUCCAAGAUUGUGGGUAGUAUACUUCGUAUCACAACUAUGUCAUUCAAACUCUUUUUAGGCUAUUGUAUCAGCCUUCCUCAAAACACCCCACACCAGUGUUUACAAAGUCGUCUGGAUAUGUUGAGAAGAAAUGCCCUCACAUAUCGUUUGAGCACACCACCGAAAGUUCAAUUUGAUCCUAGGACGCUUAACAGUGUCAAAGUUUCCGACUUUUUCCUAUUUCCAUUGUUGGAUCUGUCAAGUAAGCAAAUACUGAUGUUGUCGGCGAAUGAUGCCAAAGAAAAGAAACUCUCUAAACUUUACGUUACGAUGGUUAAAAGAAAUAAAGAUCUUAUCGGAGAAACAAGUAAACCCGGGAAGAUUUUUAAAACAUUUUGCGAUUAUGCAAAACAUUUGGAAUUGCAUCGUGAAAAACAGCAUGUGAGUUAUUCAUUAAACCACAGGAAAUUAAUCGAGAUAUAGAAACUGACAAUUAGCUAAUAAACCAAAAGAAAAUUAAUACAGGAUAACGAAUUACAACAAGAAUGGUCAGCGUAUAAGUAUUAUUAUCGCAAUAUAAUCAUGUUCAACUACGUAAUAAUCACAAGCAUCAUCACAAUUUUUGAACAAGUUUACUGUUGCCAUACCAUCUAUAUAAAAUUCACACUUCGUCUUCACUUGCAUCAUUCAUGCACCAUCACCUUCUUCACCAUUACAACCAUCAACGUCAUCAUCACCACCACCACCAUCAUAAUUAUCAUCACAACCAUCAGUCACCAUCAUUAUCACACCAUUGGUAUUGACACCAUUGUGAUUGUUACAACGAACAUAAUCAACACCGUCAUUCGCAUUACCAUCAUUCACCAUUAUCGUUAUCACCAUCAUCACCGUAAUCCCUACCAUCUACAGAUUACUGCGUCAAUAACAACUACAAUAAAACAUCUUAAAUUUACUUCUUAACUCAGACAGGAGGUCAUGAAGACAAAUACUUCAAGUUUCCUUCCAAAGAGGAACAUUUCAAAGACAUAAUUACAACUGAUGAUUGGCAAAACGAUCAAAUAUUUGUUGAGCAACGUUUGGCUGGAAUGAAUCCGAUGUCUUUACGGAAACUUAGUGCUGAAGGUAGAAAAAUAACACAAGAUUAUUGCAUGGCCAGCAAGGACAACAAACUUUACAAUAGUUUUCAUAAUUAAUUUUCUAAAGAAUAUACUUGCAUCUUUUAUAACACGUAGUUUAGUUAAUUUAGAGUUGGUUUAGAUUGUUUAUGCUAUCGUGUAAAUUAGAGUAAUUCACUUAUUUUCAAAUCAGUUGGAAUUCUCUUCAGCGUGAAUUCCUCUGCUAAAUGAAGCAGAACAAUGUAGCAAGAAAGUUGUCAAUAGAGUUCCAAAAUUUAUGGGAGACCUGUGGUUUGACGGCUACAACACUCCGAAUUGCCAACCAAGUGGAAACUGGUCUCGAAAAGUUUCGAAGAGCCAGAAGUGUGAGCUGAGGAACUGAUACAGAGGAGAAAUUAAUUCAAUACAUAACAUACAAACCCUGCUCCACCUAUCCGAAAAUAGGUAACGGCCUAUAACGGCCAAUUAUGGAUUUUUCGUCAUCAUUUAUUGUUAUUUUUCAUUUUUGUCUAGAGUAUGAAAGCAAUCCUUUACGUUUCAGUCCAGAUUUGGACAGAGCAAUAAAGAGAGUUUUAAAUAACGAAACAAUUCAUUUUCUACAGGUAAAAAGUUGUAUUAAAACACUCUAACUGACACUGUCUGAUGUCAAUUUUUUAUCAAAUUUGAAUGAAUCUGAAAAACAUUGGAGAGAGUGGUUUUUCCCCUUAGCCCCCAACCCCUUCCCCUUAGCGGCGCUACUACGUUUAUUAAUUAGUUCGAGAAAGCAAUAUAAAGACAUACUGACGCAAACAUAAUUUUCUCACGAAUAUAGAUAAUAGAAGAAGGAUCAAUUUUCAUAGCUGAUUAUCCAUUAAUUGACAAUCUUACUAAUAUCCCAGAUAUGUUGGAUCCGAACCCUAACGACAAACGAGAGAUGAGACCCUCAAAAAGCCCAAUUGCUGUUUUUGCCUCCGUUAAAAAUUGCUUUACUGGAACGUAUGAGCUGAAGUCUGUGGCAAUUCAGAUGGAUUUUGACGCAAGUAAGUGCAGUUCUAUUUCUAUGUUAGUAGUUUAAAUGUUAAUUAUCAGAAUCUAAUGGCCAAAUAACGCGUGUAAGUAUCUUGCAACAAUAUUGUUAGUCGUGUUGUUACAAUGUUGUUAUCAUGUUGUAAAAAUGUUGUUAUGUUGUAGAGCAAUGUUUUUUCAUCAUGUUGCAACAAUUUUGUUAUCAGGUUAUAACAAUUAAUUUUAUGUUGUAACGGUGUUGUCAAAUACGCUUUAACAAUGCUGUUUACAUGUCACACUUAUGACUUAAUACCAAAUGUAGAAACAUAUUUUGUCACUCAGAGUGAUUUUUGCUGGAAAGAAUAUAAUUUUAUUACUUCGGCAAACAUGGCUAGAGACAAUUUCCAAAUUUCAUAUUUCUAUAUAGGUUCAGACGUCGUCCUCCCCACGGACGGCUCAAGAUGGCAGUUAGCUAAACAAGAAGUACAAAGAGCAGACCUCACGCAUGUCGAAAUCAUUGAGCACUUAUUGAAAACACACCUUCUUAUGGAACCGAUUUGUGUUACCAUCAAACGCACGCUGUCCCUUUACCACCCUCUGCACGCUAUUUUACAGUGGCACUGUCGUGGUACGUUUAUUACCAAUAGCAUUGGUCUGCCCAACCUGGUGAACCAGUCUGGUUACAUGCAUCAACUUUUAGCCAUUGGUGAUGUUGGUUCGAUCGAGUUGCUCAACAAAGGGUAUCUGACUUUGACUUGGAAUGAUACGGACUUCGAAGAAAAUUUAAAGGUGAAACCUGUUUUCCACUCAAUCUUUACCCAUUCAAUUUUUAGCGCUUUCUCAAUAUUAUUCACGAUUUUGUAUUACAGAAGCGUGGCGUUGACGACCUAGAAAAGUUGCCAUAUUAUCCAUAUCGAGAUGACGGAACCGUUAUUUGGAAAGUCGUCAAGAAAUUUGCAAAAAAAUAUGUUAACAUGUAAGUAAUUCUGGCAGUACAGUGAGCUCAUUAUAUUACAAAAUGACAAAAUGUUGUAUUUUUUUAUCGGAACCUCCUGAAAAAGAUGUACUUCCACGUUUCGAGUAAUGCAUGGCACUUCGUUCUGAAGGCGUUUCGCUGGGCAUAAAAAUUCAACAGUUUUUUCCCCCCAAAAAGUCUUAGCUACACUUGGACCCCACAUUUCCUAGCUAUACAUAUAUAACAACCAGGGGCAUUGUAUGUAAGCCAGCUAAAAUUAAUUUACUUUCAGGUAUUAUUACUAUAGACAAGACAUUAAAUCUGACCAAGAAUUACAGAAUUUUGCGAACGAAUUGUCAGCUGGUGGAGUUGGCUCGUCUGGUGGCGUAGGCAUGGUGGGUACCAUCACACACAAGGAAAUGAUUGAAGAUAUUAUAUAUACUAUCUUUUAAUGUGUGUAUUCUUCUAGGUAAAAAAAUUCCCAGCAAAAAUCCAGAGCAGGAAGCAACUCAUCGACAUAUUAGCGCGAAUCAUGUUCAUUCCUGUCCAACACCAUGUCAUUGCCUAUCCCGUAGAGUACUAUGCUGGCUUUGUUCCGAAUAUGCCUGCGAAACUUUACGACGAUCCCCGAGUACCAGCUGGGGAAUUUGGCGUUUACAGUUUACCCGCAGAAAGUAAUCUAGCUCCGGUAUGAAAACUUUUAAAUGGAUUUUUAUUGGUUGAAAUAAACAUUGUCAACAGGAAAUGAAGAACUGGACAUGUAUUUGCUAUUAUAACGUUUUGGAGUGUUUCUAUGAAGUAUAGAUGCUAAUAACUUGAACUAAUCUGACUUCUAAAACAAAUAGGUAUAAUGAUGGUAUCUGCUUAAUUAAGAGGUGUCCGCUAAUAUGAGUCCAAGUGUACAGUCAUAGAAUCUAUUGCAAUCUUUUUCUUUACAAUUUGAACAAAUCUCCUAAAAUAAAUAGCAUUUUAUAAUUCAUCAUCCAUUUCUCUUCCCUCCUAUAGAUUCAAAUCGCUCUUGCGAUGAGCCUGGGCUCUCUUCGUUACGACAAACUGUUUGACUACCACUCCAAACUGUCAGACAAUGAUGCGGAGGAUCUUGUAUAUCAUUACUAUUGUCAGGUGAUGGGACCAAUAAGCCGGAAGUUGAGGAAAAGAAACAGGCAAAGACUUCGAGAGGGACAUCUCACUUACCCGUAUUUUCUACCUAAAUGGAUUCCGAACAGCAUUCAUGCAUAGAUAUUUCAUUCUCUUUUGGGACAGCCUUAAAUAAAUUUUAAUAGAAAUUAUUAAAUUAUUUGAGUCCUAGUCAUUUUGUAAAAACCGCUUUGAAAACUUAUUGUUUGGGUUUAUACUGUAUUACCUUUG